AUUGUCACCAAGGCUGGCAGGUAUGAGCAGUGGGGGGGGGGGGGAGGCGGGGGCCAGGGCGGAGCGACGCGGGCUGCUGAGCACCCCCUCCCGCAGGAGGAUGUUCCCCACCUUCCAGGUGAAGAUCCUGGGCAUGGACACGCUGGCCGACUAUGCCCUGCUCAUGGACUUCGUGCCCCUGGACGACAAGAGAUACAGGUCUGGGGGCUGGCGGGGGAUGCAGCUCAGACCUCAGGUGCCAAAACGGGGAGGCAGACCCCCACCCGCACGCUGGGUGAAGCAGGGCACAGCCCCUGAGCAGUGUUGGGGGCCUAUCCUGCGCCAGGCGGGGUGGGCCGGCCCAGGGCAGCAGGUGCAUCAUGGGGAACACAGCUGGGCGGCGUUCUCGGAGCCCGGGCUCCUCAUGUGCAGCUGGCGCUGGCACAUGGGCAGUUAAGGGAGCUGCUGGCGAACCAUCAGUCCUGGCUGCCAAUGGGGGCAGCAGAUGAGGUGCCGUCGAGGCGCCUUUGCCACCUUGCUCUGUCCCCAGGUACGCCUUCCACAGCUCGGCCUGGCUGGUGGCCGGCAAGGCAGACCCGGCCACGCCCGGCCGCGUGCACUUCCACCCCGACUCGCCCGCCAAGGGCGCACAGUGGAUGCGCCAGAUCGUGUCCUUCGACAAGCUCAAGCUGACCAACAAUCUGCUGGAUGACAAUGGCCACGUGAGGCCCGGGCCACAGUGGGAGGGGUUGGGCCAGGGCAGGGGACACGGGAGUCUGACGGUGAUGAAGCCCGGGGCCAGGGCUGGCUGGGCCUUUGCUGCCCAAUGGCCUUGGUGCCCCGCACCCCACCUGCUGCUGACAGCCAAGGCUGGGGGCCGGGUCACCUGGCUGGGGUGUAGACAGCAGAAGGGACGCCCAGGCCAGGGGGGCCAGGCCCACCGCAGGUGCAGGAACAUAGCCCUGCCGACACAAAGGACAGCGAUCCCUGUCCUGAUGGGCUCACCUCCUGGGGUAGAGGGCAGGUGAUGAGCAAAGAAUCCAGAUGACAGAUCCUGGGGACAAAUGUCAGGAGGGAAAGGAAGCAGGGAGGGGCCGAGGCGGAGGUGGCUAUUCAGUUCAGGGGUCUCAGGAAGGGGGCUGAGGAAGUUCCCUGGUGUCGCAGUGAAUCAAGGACUGGCAUUGCCACAGCUGGGGUGCAACAGUGGCUCGGGUUUGAUCCCUGUCUGGGAAUGUCCACGUGCCACGGGUGCAACAAAAAGAAAAAAAAUAAAAUAAAGAGAAAUGUGAAGGAAGAGGAGGAGGGAGCCUGUGCUUCUAAGGGGGGAGCUGUUGCAGGCAGCAACAGCAAGUGCAAAGGCCCUGGGGCUGGAAAAUGCUGUGAGGCGGCUCCCCUGUGGCUGGAGUGGAGCAAGGAGGGGCACUGGGAGGGGAAGAGAGCCUAAGGGGGGCCAGCGCUGACCUACAGGGCCAGUUGGCUGCAGAGAAGAUUCUGGUCUUUACUGUGAGCAGGGCGGGAGCCACAGGAGCGUUUUGAGCUGCAGCUCAUCAGGGCUGUGGGGGUGGCGGGGAGAAGGGACCCAGGCACCCGGUGGAGGUGGGGAGAGUGGCAGGAAGGCAGCAGAGGACAAUCCAAGAGAAAGAUGAUGGUGGCCAGGCAGGGCGGAGGCAGCAGGUGGGACAGGGGGUCAGAUUCCAGACAGGUCCCUGAGAGCUGGGAUGCGGCGGUGAGAGAGGCCAAGUGGCAAGGACGCUCCGCCACAAAGGCGCCUGGCUCAGAACGGCAGACGCACAAGCUCAGACCCGGGCCCGUCACAAGGCUGCCGCGCCCAGCCCUGCACAGCCCCUUCCGCACCCCCACAGAUCAUUCUCAACUCCAUGCACCGCUACCAGCCCCGCUUCCACGUGGUCUUCGUGGACCCCCGCAAGGACAGCGAGCGCUACGCCCAGGAGAACUUCAAGUCCUUCGUCUUCACGGAGACCCAGUUCACGGCCGUGACGGCGUAUCAGAACCACCGGGUGGGUCAGGCCACGGCUUGUGGGGCAGCUGCCAGCCCAUCGCACAGGGCGACUCUGAGGCCCCAGGCCCCUGGGCCCCACAGGCACACAGACCCCUGCCCUCUCUCCUUCCCUGGGACUCAGUGGGGAUCUGUCCCCAGCCAUUCCCCUGCCUUCAUGCCCACAGGCUCUGUGGUUCCUAAGUUGAGGGGUUCAGGGCCCAAGGCCCAGGGCCCCCAGGUUAGGGUGUCCAGGGAGGAGAGGGUGGCUGAGCCUGGGGCCCUUCCCCAGCCCCGGGGCUGGCCCCUAAUGGCACUUUCUCCUCUACAGAUCACCCAGCUGAAAAUCGCCAGCAACCCCUUUGCCAAGGGCUUUAGGGAGAGUGACCCGGACUCCUGGUACUGGCUGGCCCCUGACAGUCCACCCUGCUGCCCUAACCCAUCCCCUCACCCCUAUCCUUAUCCCCAGACAUCGCCGAAGUCCUUGGUUCCUGAACCUUCUUUCAGGGUCAUGCCCAUUGGUUUGCGCUGGGGUCCCCCCACCUGACCCUGACCCCUGGCCCAGGCUCUCCAUCCUGACCCCCUGCUCGUCCCACCUUUAGGACUGUAUCUCCACGGCCCCUGCUCAGCGUCCCGACCCGGAGGCGCAGCAGCCUUGGCCCCUGUCUGCUGAAGGGCUCCACUGAGCAGGAGAAAGGUUUGCCGGAGGCCCGCAGAUGCAGUGAGACCAGGGCCUGCAUAGUGCACAGGAAGCAUGGGGCA